AUUGGAUGGAACAAUGUUAUCAGAUCUCUACAGGCAAACACACGGAGUGUAUAAAAUGAGCUGCUCUUAGGGAAAGCAGCACUUCUCCUCCACCCGCCUUCCAAGAGCAAUGGAUCUCAAAGUGACCUGUGUGCUCUCCGUCAUUCUUGUCAUAGCCCUCAGCACCUUGGCAGGUGCUGUACCAACAAAAUGCCAGUGUAAAACGGAGCCCAAGGAGAGGAAGAACUGUGGCUACCCAGGAAUCACAGCACAGCAGUGCAGGAAAGCUGGGUGCUGCUUCAACUCUUCAGUCCCUGGCGUUCCCUGGUGCUUUUCUCCUAAAGCAAAGAAAGUUAGGAAAGUAUGUCCCGCCGAUGCUCACGCCAGGAUAAACUGUGGCUUCCCCGGCAUCACGGCAAAGGAAUGCGAAAAGAAAGGGUGCUGCUUCAGGUCACAGCCCGCUGGUGUCCCCUGGUGCUUCUACCACCGUGUGGUGGAGGAAGCUUGUUAAGUGAGAAACUUUCAACAAGAACUCUGUCAUCGUUGGACCUACACUAAAGCGAAGCAAAAGCCGGAGGUCCCAACUCAGACUUUAUAGUUUGCAACAGCUAUGUUUUCUAGGUAAUUUUUACCUUGGAUUAACUCCUUUCUGACAAAAAGUUACUUGCUGCUUUUAUUCUUUUAGUAGACUAGUACCGUGCGGGUUUUCACUGUAAUAAAAGAACAACGAUGUAA